UUGGUUUUUUGUGUGAAAACUUAUUCUUUAAAGAAACAAAAAACUAAAUCUAUAAACACAUUUGUACCUUAACUACUCAACUAACAAGUUAACUCUGCGGUCAACCAUCUGUAAAUGUUCCAGUGCUCUUGUGUCAUCAUGUCAAACUAAUUGUGUAAAUUAUUUUAAACAUUGUUGGCUCUGGUUGCAUUCCUACCCCUAAAAGCAAACACAACCUUUUCCAAAUUUUAUCACUUCCCCUCCCCCUGAAGUAAAAUUCGUGCUAAAAAGGAACUCAAAAAUCAACAAAAAUGGCUCAAUUUGGCCCUUGGGAUUAUACCAUACUGGCUAUAGUACUCAUCAUUUCCGCAGGUAUUGGUGUUUAUUAUCGUCUAACGGGUGGCAAACAAAAGACUGCUAAGGAAUAUUUGUUGGCGGAUCGUGGCAUGGGCAUAACCCCCGUGGCUUUCAGUUUAACCGCUAGUUUAAUGUCUGCUGUUACCAUAUUGGGUGUAUCAGCGGAAAAUUAUCAAUAUGGCACACAAUUUGUACUUAUUAAUAUUGCCUAUAUCUUGGCCACACCUUUUGCCGCCUACUUGAUACUACCGGUUUUCUAUCGCUUGAAAACGGCCAGUGUUUAUGAGUAUUUGGAACAAAGAUUUGGUUAUGCCACUAGAUUAUAUGCCUCCCUGGCUUUUUCAGUGCAGACUGCUUUAUACAUGGGCAUAGUUUUAUAUGCUCCUGCCUUAGCCUUGGAAGCGGUUACUGGUUUGAAUAUAGUAUUUUCUAUAUUGAUUGUAGGACUGGUGUGUACUUUCUAUUCUACUUUGGGUGGCAUGAAGGCUGUUUUGAUUACGGAUAUCUUCCAAUCGGUUCUUAUGUUUGCCUCGGUAUUUGCUAUUAUUGUUUGUGCUGGCAUUAAGGCUGGUGGCCUGGGUCCCAUAUGGGAAACCGCUAGAGAGGGUGGACGUUUGGAAUUUUUCAACUUUAGCGUGGAUCCUACUCAUCGUCAUACCUUCUUUACCCAGAUUAUAGGCGGUCUGGGUGUUUACUUAUCUCUAUAUGGUGUUAAUCAAGUGCAAGUGCAAAGAUUACUCUCCGUCAAAUCUUUGAAAGCUUCUGCUAAUUCUUUAUGGUGGAGUUUGCCGGUGUUAAUGGUGUUAAGUUUUACCACCUGUUUCUCGGGUUUGUGCAUGUACUAUUACUACAAGGGCUGUGAUCCUUUGCUGGAGGGACGUAUUAAUUCUCGUGACCAACUUAUGCCUCUAUUUGUGAUAGACACCAUGGGUCAUAUACCCGGUUUAUCGGGACUUUUUGUAUCCGGCAUCUUCUCCGGCAGUUUGUCUUCUAUAUCCUCAGCUAUAUCCUCAUUAUCGGCAGUAACCAUGGAGGAUUAUAUCAAACCCUGGGUGGCUUAUCGUAAGAAAAAGGAACUAAGUGAUGCCAGGACUACCUUUUAUACCAAAAUUUUGAAUUUAAUUUAUGGCGCUGUAUGCUUGGGCAUAGCUUUCAUGGCUGGUUCGAUUGGUGGUCUACUGCAAGCAGCUCUUAGUAUAUUUGGUAUAGUGGGCGGCCCUCUUUUGGGUUUGUUUACCUUGGGCAUGUAUAUCCAGAAAGCCAAUCAAAAGGGUGCCAUUACCAGUCUAACCAUUGGUUUAGCUAUUUCCUUUUGGAUUGGUUUCGGACAACCUAAACCACCCAUUCCCUUACUACCUUUGGAUACCGAUAGCUGUCCUGCCACACCCACUUCCUUAAUAACAGACAUCUUUACCUCUACUCUCCUGGAAACGGUAAAAGCAGAAGAGGAACCUCACUACUUCUAUCUCUAUCGUAUUUCCUAUAUGUGGUAUGCUGUUAUAGGUUUCCUAAUAACCUUCUUUUUGGGCAUUUUCUUCUCUUGGUUAUAUGAGAAAUUAGGCUGGGACCUAAAUGAUGCCCUCUACACUGAUGCCUCAAGAACCACAAUCAAAUGUGAUCUAUUCGUGCCACCCAUAGCCAAACGUAUACGUAAAAAGCAAAUGCCUUUGGUAGUGGUUACCGCCACUAGCUCGGAAAUUGGUAAUAAUAAUUCCCGCACACCCAGUUUUGUGGAAGAGGAAAAUACGGCCCCUGGUUUAACUAAAUCUUAUACUAAUUCUACCGAAUUAACUGAUAUAUCCAGUAAAGAAGAUAUUUCCCAGAAACCAGAAGAUUUGGAUAAGUCUAAUGGCAGCAGAGGUAGUAUGGAUAUUAUACCCGAGGAACAGGCGGCUAAUAAUAAGAAAACUUAAGCAUUUUUAACCAAUAGUUACUACUAAAUAUGAAUUUAUGUUUUUUUAAUUAUCUUGUUUUUAAAGAUUUAUAUAUUUGUUUUACAACAAAAAGAACAAAUGCACUUUUUCUUAGUUUAACUUUGCACUUAAAGAAGCUUUAUUUUUUUUUUUUAAUAUAUUUACGAAUUUCAUUGUUUUAUUUUUUAAAUAAAAAUAUUUAAGAUUAAU